AUGGGCAGGAAAUGUUCACAUUGUGGGAACAUUGGUCACAAUUCAAGGACUUGCAAUUCUGCCUCCCACAGAAAUCUUACUCAGAUUGGCGUUGGUCUGAGGCUCUUUGGGGUGCAAAUUUCUAUCACUCCUCAUGAUCAGCACCUGCCUCCUUCCUCCUCUUCUCUUGCUGCCAUGAAAAAAAGCUUCAGCACUGGUUCUUUGUCAUCUUCCUCAUUGCUAGCACCCUCUUCAUCAACCCCCUCUUCUUCCUCUUCUUCCACUGAGGAUCACGCGAAUUCUGAAAAAUUCUCAACUGGGUAUCUCACCGAUGGUCUCAUUCCUCCAGCUCAAGAUAAGAAAAAGGUAGGUGUGCCAUGGACUGAGGAGGAGCACAAGACAUUUCUUCUGGGGCUUGAGAAACUUGGGAAGGGGGACUGGAGAGGCAUCUCUAGACACUAUGUCACAACAAGAACUCCAACCCAAGUGGCCAGUCACGCCCAAAAGUACUUUAUCAGACAGAACAGCCUCGGCAAGAAGAAGCGCCGCCCGAGCCUCUUCGAUAUGGGGAGUGAAAAACUUGCAGUUCAAUCCCUCGAUACCAACAAUUCUGAGUCCAUUGAAGCUUCUAUUCCAUUUGGGUUAUCACUGAAACCAACAGCUAUUCCAUUUAUGGAUAAGAAUUCCCUAGAAACAGCUCCCAUGGGCGCUGAGGAUGAAAGAGAGUAGUGUUCAGAGUGCAGAACCUGAUCCAGAGCACACGCUUGAGCCUCCAGGGCCAGUGGUGGCAGACUAAGAAGCAUAAUUUAGUAUAAGGCC